AUGGCGACUUCGGCUGAUGCUCGGGCUGUUAAGUCGCUCAACAACGGCGAAGGGCGUAGGAAGUUUGUGUUCAAGACUUUCUCUCAGAAAAUCAAUGACACUGACAUCAACGUGUAUAAGAGCUUGGAUAAGGUGAAGGCUAAUCCUUCAGAGGGAUCCACACUUUUCAGAGAUUGCCUCGUAGAAUGGAGGGAACUGAAUACAGCAGAAGAUUUCAUUUUAUUUUAUGAAGAAAUGUUGCCAUUUGUUCAGAAUCUGCCUUUGGUUAUUUUGCAAAAAGAAUUAAUCUUCUCAAAACUUGUCUCUCGUUUACAAAUGAAAGCAAGAUUGUCUCUGGAACCCAUUCUCAGGUUACUUGCUGCUUUAUCAAGAGAUCUCCUGGAGGACUUUCUUCCCUUCCUACCACGAAUUGUGAACUCCUUCGUGACUCUCCUAAAAGAUGGUGCCCACAAAGAGCCAGAGAUUAUUGAGCAGAUAUUCUCAUCAUGGUCGUAUAUACUGGUGUACCUGCAGAAGUAUCUCAUACACGACAUUGAAGGUGUUCUCAGGGAUACAUUGGAACUGAGGUAUCACCCCAAAGAACAUAUCAAUGAAUUUAUGUCAGAGUCCAUGUCAUUUUUGUUGAGGAAUGCACAGGAUGAGCAACUUGAAAAAGGGAUCAAGAGUAUCCUUUCCGAAGUUGCACAUCCAUCCAAAAAAGCUGGUUCCGUUGGUUUACUAUAUUAUGCUAUGAGGGGUACUUACGGAAGUCUCCAUUCAAAAGCUGGGAGAGUUUUAAGGUUCUUGCUGAAAGAUUCAACAUUAUCUUUUUGUGAGAAUUCUCCUCAAGGCCCGGGUACAGUCGUGGAAGUUGUGAGUUCGACUUUGCAGAGAUUAUGCGAGGAUUUUGAAGCAAAAGAAUUAAGUGUUAUGUGGAUAUGCUUGUAUGAAGAAAUAAACGAAUCAAUCCUAAACAAAAACACAGUUCAUUUAAGCAGACUGUUGAGUGUGCUUACUGCAGUUGUUAGGAUCGCGAAAGGUCUCAAGGUUUAUGAUUACCCAUCUUUGAUUGGACUCGUGAGCCUCAUUGUUUCAACUUUUGUGGCUUCCUCUGAGACCGCUGUAGAAGGGGAUACCAUAUCCGCUGUCCUUGAUGAAGUUCUGCAAUUGAUAUUAUGCACAAUAAACAGAGUCAAUGAAAUGGAAAAUGUUGCUUCGAAAUGGGCUCCCAUUUUUGCUUUAAAGAGCUCAAGUUUGGUGAGUUUUUUGCGGGAGUUGCUACAGGAGGAUCAAUCAGUAGUGAAAGCCUUUACAAAUAAUAUAUUAAGUGCAAUCAACAAUACGAUUUGGGAUUCUUCUGAGGAAGUUAUUCCUCUGUUACUAACAUUGUGUGAGAGACAACAAACGAGUCAUGACAGGGUGAAAAUCGUAGAUCAAACAUUUGAGAGUAGAUACGAGAGAAUUCAUGAGUUCUUGGAAGAAAAUAUUAAGAAGGUUCAACAGAAUGUAGAGAAUACUGGAUUAGCUCAAGUUGAUGAGGCCGAGUUGGCUGUCGUUUGGGGAGUUGUCAACUGUUAUCCUUAUUUUAAAGUGGAUUCAUCACUGCUGAUUUGCUUUAAGAAAACUCUCAGACAGCAUUUGGCAGUGUCGGAUGUAGACACUUUUAGUGCCCCAGAAUUGAUGUGGCAGAGCUUACUUGGGACUGCUUUGAGGUCAUGUCACAAACUGCCCCGAAGAUUCAACCACAGUGAUCUAGAAGAAGCUUUGUCUUUUGCUAAAGAUUACAAGUCAUGUGUACACGUGUUGUCUGCAGUGGCCGAUUUUUUGGAUUUAGUGCACAGGCGUGAAUUAGCUAAUGAUGACAGGUCUAUUGCUCAUCCAGAACUUCAAGCAAAAAAGGCUGGAGAUGCUUUUGACAUAUUUUCAGAAAAUUUGCGUCACCCGAACAAAGACAUCCGACUUAUGACUCUGAGGAUUUUGUGCCAUUUUGAAACUUUGUCGUCCGACCCUUCUUUUGAAGAGCAUCCUACUAAGAGUAAUAUGAAAACUGGAGAGACUAAAAAAUCUCUUCCUAAAGGGAAUGUUCUUCAGUUAUUACGCUCAGUCGAAGAGACUGCUCCCACAGUGGAUACUGGUCGGAUGUUGGUCAGUUUGAUCUCUAAAAUACAAAUGGAUCUCUCUGCUGGCAGGAUACAUGCGGCAUAUGUGCAGCUAGUACUGAAUGGGAUGAUGGGACUAUUUCAUAAUAGAUAUUUUGAUUUGUGGGGUCCAGCAUCCGAGUGUCUUGCGGUUCUUGUCAGGAAUCACACAAGAGCUGUGUGGAGUGAUUUUGUUUGUUAUUUGGACCAGUGCCAACUAAAAUUUGAAUCUCUCCACAAGCAUAAUGAGAAUGCGAAUCACAGCAUGUCAGAGAGGCGUACUGAUCUGAUUGGCCGUUUUAAUUCAUUUCUCUUUCCGCUGUCUGAUAGCACACCAACAGCAACGGUGGUAUCUCAGUUGAUCCAGACCUUACAAAAAGCUUCCACUAUUGCUCAGUCUCGGGCUUCUGAAAUUCUGCCUUUGUUAUUAAAAUUUCUGGGGUACAACAGCGAAAAUCCUGUGAGUGUCUGCUUAUUUAAUGGCGGGGUUUGUAAUGGAGAGGAUUGGAAGAGGAUUCUUAUACAAUGGUUGACUUUACUGAAAGUGAUGAAGAAUCCUAGGUCAUUUCGUUUUAGUCAAUUUGUAAACGAUGUUCUGCAGAAUAGGUUCCUGGAUGACAAUGAUGCUGAAAUACAAACCAAUGUUCUAGAGUGCCUUCUGUUGUCAAACGACUUCUUACUCCCACACCGCCAGCGUUUGUUGAAUUUGAUCAAACCAAAAGAAUUGAGAGAAGAACUCACGACCUGGGACUUUUCCGAAAACAUUGAAGAAGCUCACAGAUCUCAUCUUGUUUCUCUUGUAAUUCGCAUCCUUAUGCCAAAAGUUAGGACACUAAAGAAUUUGGCUUCACGGAAGCAUACAAGUAUCCGUCAUCGGAAGGCAGUUCUUUGCGUUAUAUCUCAGCUGGAUGUUAGUGAACUUGCCCUGUUCUUUGCAUUGCUGAUAAAGCCUUUGAACAUCAUACCAGAGGAAACGAUGGACUUGUUCUGGAGUUCGGGCAAAAUUUCUUUGGAUUUUUUCCAAAAGUCGAAUUUCCUGAAACAUUUCACUGUUGAUGCUAUUUCGACAUUAUCCAGGAAUCAGAAAUCUGGGUUUCUUCAUGUCAUCCAAAAUAUCCUAGAAGUCUUUGAUGAACUCCGCGUCCGACCUUUUCUAGACUUUUUGAUGGGAUGUGUUGUCCGGCUAUUGGUAAACUAUGCUCCAAAUAUUGAUGAAGAAAGGAACAUUGGAUCAUUGGCACUAAGAAAUGGCACUGCCGCCCCAUCAACUUCAGAUGAUGAAGAGAAUGUUUCAAUAAAUCAUGACCAGGCUGGCACUGUUUUAAAGCAGUUUAAAGAAUUGAGAUCCUUGUGUCUGAAAAUUAUUGCUCAUGUUCUUGAUAAAUACGAGGAUUGUGAUCUUGGCUCCGAGUUCUGGGACAUCUUCUUUUCGGCAGUGAGUCCAUUAAUUAAGAGUUUCAAGCAGGAGGGUUCUAGUAGUGAGAAACCAAGUUCUUUGUUCUCAUGCUUCUUGUCAAUGAGUAAAAGCCGCAAUCUAGUGACCCUCUUAUGUCGGGAAGAGUCUCUGGUUCCAGACAUUUUUUCAAUUCUUACAGUCACCACAGCUUCAGAAGCUAUUAAGUCUUCUGCCUUGAAGUUCAUAGAGAAUCUGCUUUGUCUUGACAAUGAUUUGGAUGAGGAUGACAGUAUGAUCAAAGGAUUCUUAGAUCCGUAUAUAGAGACACUGAUCAACAGCUUGCAUUCUCUUUUCAUUGGGGAUAUUUUGAAAAGGAAAUCAGUCAAGUAUCAUGGGGAACGAGAGAUGAAGAUUGUUAAGCUAUUGUCAAAGCACAUGCGAGAUCGUUCUCGUGAUAUGAAGUAUUUGGAUGUCUUGCUUUCUUUCUUGGAUAAAAGUGUGAAAGAUUCGGAUAUUCAUCGUGAGGCUCUGCUAACCAUUCAAGGCAUCACAUCGUUGCUUGGUACUGAGAGUACCACCAAAAUUAUAAAUGUAGUCUCUCCGCUACUUGUUGACGCUGAUCUUGACGUUAGAUUAUGCAUUUGUGAUCUUCUUGAAUCUCUUGCUAAAAUUGACUUUUCUCUGGAUGAUGUGGCAAAGCGCGUCCGCGAUAUGAAUGCCAUCUCAGCCAUGGAAGUUGAUGACCUUGACUAUGAAAAGAUAGUUGAUGCUUAUGUGGAGAUUAAUGCAGAUUUCUUUAAUAAAUCCUCGGAGCAGCACACAAUGAUCAUACUCUCACAGACCGCAAUACUUUCCCAAGAGGCUUCAGCUCACUCUGGCUUUGGCAAAGAGAUCAAAAUAGCUGAUGCAAGCUGGACAGGAAAUCGUAUACUGUUCAUUUUGAGAAGUUUUAUUUUGAAACACAUUGGUAAUGCAAUAAACAGAGGAGGCACUAUAAUAAAGGAGUGGAUUCUUUUGAUACGCGAAAUGGUGACAAAACUUCCAGAUGCUGGAAAUCUUGCUGCAUUCAGACCUUUAUGCUCUGAAGAUGAGAAUGUAGAUUUUUUCAAAAACAUUGUUCACAUUCAGGUACACCGUAGAGCAAGGGCAAUUUCACGUUUCACAAAUGUGGUGAAUGAUAGCAGUCUGCCUGAGGGAGUAGUGAGAAAACUUUUGGUCUCUGUCUUUUUCAACAUAUUGCUCGAUGGACAAGAUGGAAAAGAUAAUAAUGUCCGGAAUGCAUGCACAGAAGCCCUUGCAUCUGUAUCUGCACAUAUGAGUUGGAAGUCAUACUAUGCUCUAUUGAAUCGGUGUUUCCGUGAGAUGAACAAGCACACCAAAAAGGGAAAACUUCUGCUGCGGCUUAUCUGCUUGAUUUUGGAUAAAUUUCAUUUUACAAGCGAUGCUUACACGCAAGAGGUUGAAGAGAUUAGGACUUGCCUUCAGAAAACUGUGUUCCCGAAGAUGCAGAAGCUGAUGAAUUCUGAUUCUGAUAAUGUUAACGUUAACAGCAGCGUGGCUGCGCUGAAGGUUCUAAAGCUGCUCCCCGAAGAUGUAUUGGACUCAAAUCUAUCCUCUAUAAUUCAUAAAAUUGCCACUUUUUUGAAGAACCGAUUGGAGAGCACACGUGAUGAUGCGAGAUUGGCUCUGGUUGCUUGUUUGAAGGAACUAGGGCUGGAGUACUUGCAAGUUGUCAUCAACAUUUUGCGUGCUAUCUUAAAACGAGGAUCUGAGGUGCAUGUGCUGGGAUACACUGUCAAUUUUAUCUUAUCGAAAUGCCUGUCCAAUCCUACAUUUGGGAAGUUAGAUCAUUGUAUGGUUGAUCUCCUUUCUGUGGUGGAAAUUGAUAUCCUUGGAGAGGUUGCUGAACAGAAAGAGGUGGAAAAAUUCGCAUCCAAAAUGAAAGAAACAAGAUCACGCAAGUCAUUUGAGACUCUGAAAUUGAUUGCUGAAAAUGUAACGUUCAGAAGCCAUGCAUUGAAGUUACUUUCUCCGGUCAUUGCUCAGUUGCAGCGGCAUCUAACUCCAAAGAUAAAAUUAAAUCUGGAGAAGAUGUUAAAACAAAUUGCAGCUGGCAUUGAAGGCAACCCAUCUGUUGAUCAAGGAGAUCUUUUUGUUUUUAUAUAUGGCCGUGUCGAUGAUGGCAUAAACAACAGGAGUGGUCUUGGAGAUCAAGUGUCUUCUCCACCAUCCAAAAAGAAAAGGAAAUCAAGAGAUCUGCAAGAGACUGCUGGGUUGAUUUCGGGUGCUCAGUCAUGUCCGCAUCUUAUAACCGUGUUUGCUCUGGAAUUAUUGCGUAACAGAUUGAAGAAUAUGAAACUUGACAAUACUAAUAAUGAGCUGCUGUCAAAAUGUUUCACUUCAUUAUUAAGGUUUCCACUGCCUUCCCUCAUGUCUGAAGCAGAUGAAGUGAAAACAGCAUUAUUAACCAUUGCUCAGUCUGCGGUGAGUUCCAGCAGUCCUCUUGUGCAGUCUUGCCUUAAGCUGUUAACAACGCUUCUCGGCAAUAAAAACAUAACCUUAUCAUCCGAGCAGUUGAAAAUGUUGAUUCAGUUCCCCAUGUUUGUUGAUCUGGAGUCUGAUCCAUCCUUUGUUGCUCUUGCACUCCUCAAGGCCAUCGUGAAACGGAAGCUUGUAGUUCCAGAGAUAUACGACAUUGCAAUUCAGGUUUCAGAGUUGAUGGUAAAAAGUCAGUUGGAACCAAUCCGCAAGAAAUGUAAACAGAUACUGUUGCAGUUUUUGGUCCACUAUACACUUUCUGAGAAACGUUUAGAGCAGCAUGUGAACUUUCUGCUCGAAAAUCUGAGGUAUGAGCAUCCAACUGGAAGAAAAGAAGUCCUUGACAUGCUUCAUGCGCUAAUCUUGAAAUUGUCAGAACCUAAUCUCGGCAAGCAGUCAGUUCUUGACCAGCAGUCGAAAACGUUGUUUGUUAAGCUUGCUCUUUGUUUGGCUAAUGAUAACGAUAAAAAAGUGCGGUCCCGGAUUGGUGCUCUAAUUGAACUUCUGAUAGGGCGCAUCGGCAAAGAUCAAGUUGGUACCAUUCUCUUGUACUGUCUGUGUUGGUAUAAGCAGCAGAACUUACGGGCUGCUGCAGCACAGGUGUUGGGAUUUAUUAUUUGCGCCAUGAAGAAAGGAUUUCGGAAGCAUAUCUACAAUACAUUACAGGAUGCCACACCGAUUUUGGAGUCUGCUGUCAGUGCUUCCAGCCUACAGUUGCAGGAUACUGUUGAGGAAGCUAGUAUUCCUUUCUGGAAGGAAGCAUACUACUCUCUGGUUAUGAUAGAGAAGAUGCUCGUGCAAUUUCCUGAUAUAUGUUUCGGAAAAGAUUUAGAGGAUAUUUGGAAAUUGGUGUUUAAAUUCUUGUUGCAUCCACACUCAUGGUUGCGAGAUAAAUCCUGUCAGCUCCUGAAUCAUUAUUUUAAGGCAUUAGAUGGGAGGAAAAGAGCAGCAUCUCAGACAUUAGUAACUGAUUCUCUUCUGGAGAAUCCAAGUAGCCUGUUCAUGGUGGCUGUUUCUCUUUGCUUCCAGUUAAAGGAGCAACCCAGCACAGGCAAAGUUGAUGUUGAUCUCCUCACAGAAAAUAUUGUUUUUGCGCUCUCUAGCCUUCAUUAUCUGAUUGGACAGUUUGAUCAAGCUACCAACAAUGGGUUCUGGUCCAGUCUUGGCACCGAUGAGCAAGUGGUGUUCCUCAAAGCCUUUGAAGUGCUUGAUUCAGGGAAAGGAAGGUCUACUUUUCUGGCUCUUACCUUAGCCAAACGUACUGAGGAUGGUGAGGAGGCUUAUGGAAAUGAUGUAAGAAAUGUAUUGAUCGGAAGUUUGCUCAAAAGAAUGGGGAAGCUUGCUCUUGAUAUGGAGGAGUCUGUUCAGAUGAGAAUUGUGUUCAACGUCUAUAAAGCCUUUGCCUCACAAAUGAAUCAAGAAGAAUGUCGUUUAUAUGCCUACAAAAUCCUGCUUCCAUUGUACAAAGUUUGCGAAGGAUUUACUGGAAAACUCAUCUCAGAUGAGUUGAAACAACUAGCAGAAGAGGUACGAGACCGUAUAAGAGACAAGACCUUAGGCAAUCAAAUCUUCGUGGAAAUCUACAAUGAAAUACGGAAAAGUAUGAAAACGAAAAGGGAGAAGAGAAAGCGAGAAGAUAAGCUAAUGGCAGUGGUGAAUCCAGAGAGAAACGCCAAGAGGAAACUCAGGUUAGCUUCAAAGAACAAAGCAAACAAGAAAAGGAGAAUAAUGAGCAUGAAAAUGUCUAGAUGGGCACGCUCUUGA